CUGACCCUGGGCAAGAUGGCCCACCGGCUGUGCCUCAGGUUCUGCGUCUGUAAGGAAGAGUCUUGUUCUAGAUCUGGAUGGACGCCGAGUUUGCCCGGUGGCGGCGGUCCUAAGUCUGGGAUUGACAAGUAUCUCUAUGCCAUGCGGCUCUCCGACGAAACUCUGAUAGAUAUCAUGACCCGUUUCAAGAAGGAGAUGAGGCAUGGUCUUUCCCGGGAUUUUAAUCCGACAGCCACAGUCAAGAUGUUGCCAACGUUUGUAAGGUCCACUCCUGAUGGCUCAGAAAAGGGAGAUUUCAUUGCCCUGGACCUUGGUGGGUCUUACUUUCGAAUUCUGCGGGUGCAAGUGAGCCUAGAGAAGAACCAGAAUGUUCACAUGGAGUCCGAGGUGUAUGACACGCCGGAGAACAUCAUGCACGGCAACGGAAGCCAGCUUUUUGACCAUGUCGCUGAGUGCCUGGGAGACUUCAUGGAGAAAAAAAAAAUCAAGGACAAGAAAUUACCUGUGGGACUCACAUUUUCUUUCCCUUGUCGGCAGACCAGAAUAGAUGAGGGCAUUCUGAUCACCUGGACAAAGCGAUUUAAAGCGAGCGGAGUGGAGGGAGCGGAUGUGGUGAAGCUGCUUAACAAAGCCAUCAAAAAACGCGGGGAUUAUGAUGCCAACAUCGUGGCUGUGGUGAAUGACACGGUGGGGACCAUGAUGACUUGUGGCUACGACGACCAGCAUUGUGAAGUCGGCCUCAUCAUCGGCACCGGCACCAACGCGUGCUACAUGGAGGAGCUGAGGCACAUCGACCUGGUGGAAGGCGACGAGGGGAGGAUGUGCAUCAACACCGAGUGGGGGGCCUUUGGGGACGACGGGGCCCUGGAAGACAUCCGCACGGAGUUCGACCGCGAGAUAGACCGGGGGUCUCUCAACCCGGGGAAGCAGCUGUUUGAGAAGAUGAUCAGUGGCAUGUACCUGGGGGAGCUGGUUCGACUGAUCCUGGUCAAGAUGGCCAAGGAGGGCCUUUUAUUUGAAGGGCGGAUCACCCCAGAGCUGCUCACCAGAGGGAAGUUUACCACCAGUGACGUGUCAGCCAUUGAAAGGAAUAAGGAAGGCCUCAGCAAUGCCAAAGACAUCCUGACCCGCCUGGGAGUGGAGCCGUCCGAUGUCGACUGCGUCGCCGUCCAGCACGUGUGCACCAUCGUCUCCUUCCGCUCUGCCAACCUGGUGGCUGCGGCGCUGGGCGCCAUCUUGAAUCGCCUCCGAGAUAACAAGGGCAUCCCCAGGCUGCGGACCACGGUUGGUGUCGACGGGUCUCUUUACAAGAUGCACCCACAAUAUUCUCGACGUUUCCACAAGACCCUGAGGCGCCUGGUGCCCGACUGCGACGUGCGUUUCCUCCUCUCAGAGAGUGGCAGCGGCAAGGGGGCAGCCAUGGUGACCGCGGUGGCCUACCGCCUGGCCGAGCAGCACCGGCAGAUAGAGGAGACCCUGGCGCACUUCCGCCUCACCAGGGAGAUGUUGCUGGAGGUGAAGAAGAGGAUGCGGACCGAGAUGGAGAUGGGGCUGAAGAAGAAGACCAACGAUAAGGCCGUGGUGAAGAUGCUGCCCUCCUUCGUCCGCAGCACUCCGGAUGGGACCGAGAAUGGUGACUUCUUGGCCCUGGAUCUUGGAGGAACGAAUUUCCGCGUCCUGCUGGUGAAAAUCCGUAGUGGGAAAAAGAGGACGGUGGAGAUGCACAACAAGAUCUAUGCCAUUCCCAUCGAAAUCAUGCAGGGCACUGGGGAGGAGCUGUUUGACCACAUCGUCUCCUGCAUCUCCGACUUCCUGGACUACAUGGGGAUCAAAGGCCCCCGAAUGCCUCUGGGCUUCACCUUCUCGUUUCCUUGCAAGCAGAUGAGCUUGGAUGCGGGAAUCUUGAUAACCUGGACGAAGGGGUUUAAGGCAACCGACUGUGUGGGGCACGACGUAGCCACCUUACUGCGGGAAGCAGUAAAAAGGAGAGAGGAAUUUGAUCUGGACGUGGUGGCUGUGGUCAACGACACGGUGGGCACCAUGAUGACUUGUGCUUAUGAGGAGCCCACCUGUGAGAUUGGACUCAUCGUAGGGACUGGCAGCAAUGCCUGCUACAUGGAAGAGAUGAAGAACGUGGAGAUGCUGGAGGGGAACGUGGGGCGGAUGUGUAUCAACAUGGAGUGGGGCGCUUUCGGGGACAACGGGUGUCUGGAUGAUAUCAGAACAGAGUAUGACGUCCUGGUGGAUGAAAACUCUCUGAAUGCUGGGAAACAGAGGUGCCGCUUCCCACUAGUGACCGUGUUCAUCCUGGAGCAUCCUGGCCUCCCUCUUGAAUUUACAAAUAAAUGUUACUUCGAUGGGGAAAAGCCCCAUGACCUAUUCACGGGUAAGUACAGUGAGCGGGCUCCCGGGCUGCUCUCGUGGGUCCUGCUUUGUGCAGCCUCCUGCUCUUGUUCCCACAGUGACCGCUUGGCGCUGCUCCAGGUUCGGGCCAUCCUGCAGCAGCUGGGCCUGAACAGCACCUGCGACGACAGUAUCCUCGUCAAGACCGUGUGCGGGGUGGUGUCCAGGAGGGCCGCGCAGCUGUGUGGUGCUGGCAUGGCUGCCGUGGUGGAUAAGAUCCGGGAAAACAGAGGGCUGGACCAUCUCGAUGUGACCGUGGGGGUGGAUGGAACUCUCUACAAGCUUCAUCCGCACUUCUCCAGAAUCAUGCACCAAACCGUGAAGGAACUGUCACCAAAGUGUAACGUGUCCUUCCUCCUGUCCGAAGAUGGCAGUGGCAAGGGGGCUGCCCUCAUCACGGCAGUGGGCGUCCGGCUCCGGAACGAAGCGGGCAGCUAAGAGCCCCGGACCCCAGCCUGCUGCCCUUCCAACACUUACUUCUCUCUCCAAGCAGCGACCCCCCCACCCCCCCAAUCUCCCAGCGAGUGGAGCUGGGAGACGCCAGCACCAGAGCCCGCCACUGCCACAGCGGGAGGAGAGCAAACGCCGGCCACUGGCGCCUAACGUAGGGUACAGAACCGAGUGUGUGCUGCUGAUAAUACCUCUCCCCUCCCGGCCCUCCUCACCUCCCUGCCACUCUGCAUGAGUUGAUUUCAGCCUGGCCGUCCGUUCCCCACGUGUGAAGUGUCGUGGCGUCCAUUCUAAUUUAUGCAUUCGUCCAACAUUAUUUAUUGGCCUGAGAUGACAAGUCACACCAUCCGACAGGCCUCAUGGGCGUCUGCAGCCCGUCCUUGGGGACGAACCCCCGUGUGAAAUGUAUUAUCACCAGCAGACACUGCCUGCGCUCCGCCCAGGGGCGCUCGCCGCCUCCUCCCGUCCCAGCACCCACUGCUGGCCUCCCAAGGUUCCCGUCCGGGCGUGUCCAUGCCACUGGGUUGUGUGUCUGUGGACCUGGUCGUAGCCACGUGGUGACUGUCUUGCAUUCUGUCUGGGGGGGGGGAGGUGCGCGGUCCUGUGGCAAAGUGUCUUGUCUCCUCUGUAAAAGGAACCAACCAACAAAACAGUGCCCUCAUUGGAAUGUCCCUUCGCUUCUGUGAGCCAUGUCGUAUGACCUAGUAAACUUUGUACCAGUUCAAA